CAAACGUCUCGAGUCCGGAGAGAGAAAGUCCCUUCCAGAGACGCGCGCACCGGGGCAGUAGUGCUGUCAUUUAGGCACCUGUUUCGAGAAGUAGAAGGAGGGAACUUUUAGUCCUCUUGUCUUGCGGGUUACACUUUGAACGGGGUAAUAUGUGGGACCGAGGAAUAAUGAACUGUGAUACACCGGCCAGGAUUUAGACGGAGCGCAACGCGACGCGACGCAAGCGGCUCUGUAACUUAGUGACAGAAAUAACAAAAGCACCGAAAGAAGACGCUGCCCGACCAGAGGAUAUUAUCAUAGACCGACUGUGGAUAUCUGCUCCGCCAGGAUGAAGUUUGCGGAGCACCUGUCUGCCCAUAUUACUCCAGAAUGGAGGAAACAAUAUAUUCAGUACGAGGCUUUCAAGGAGAUGCUGUAUGCGGCCCAGGACCAGGCCCCAUCCAUAGAAGUCACAGAUGAAGACACUGUCAAACGGUACUAUGCCAAGUUUGAGGAGAAGUUCUUUCAGACAUGUGAAAAGGAGCUCUCAAAGAUCAACACAUUCUAUUCAGAGAAACUGGCUGAGGCACAGCGCAGAUUUGCAACUUUGCAGAAUGAGCUGCAGACGUCUCUGGAUGCCCAGCGGGAAAGCAAUGCUCCAGGGCUGCGCAGUCACCGCAAAACGGUGUUUCCUUUGUCCAACAAAGAGCGCAACAAACAUCGCAACAUCAAAGACCUGCAGCUGGCCUUCAGCGAGUUCUACCUCAGCCUCAUCCUCCUGCAGAACUACCAGAAUCUGAACUUCACUGGAUUCCGUAAGAUUCUGAAGAAACAUGAUAAGAUUCUGGACACACAGCGUGGCGCUGAUUGGCGUGUGGCUCACGUGGAGGUGGCUCCAUUCUACACCUGCAAGAAGAUCACACAGCUCAUCUCUGAGACCGAGGCUCUGGUGACCACAGAGCUGGAAGGAGGUGACCGUCAGAAGGCCAUGAAGAGGCUGAGAGUUCCACCUCUUGGAGCAGCACAGCCUGCACCUGCCUGGACCACCUUUCGUGUGGGACUGUAUUGUGGGGUCUUCAUUGUCCUGGCUGUCGCCUUUGUUCUUAUUGGUGCUUUUUUCAUUCGUAAUCAGAACAUCUGGCCACUGGUGCGCAUCUACCGAGGCGGUUUCCUGUUGAUUCAGUUUCUCUUCCUCUUGGGGAUUAAUACUUAUGGCUGGAGGCAGGCGGGUGUCAAUCAUGUGCUGAUCUUUGAGCUGAACCCUCGAAACAAUCUUUCACAUCAACAUCUGUUUGAGAUCGCAGGGUUUUUGGGGGUGUUGUGGUGUCUCAGCAUCCUAUCCUGUCUGUUUGCGGACUACACUUGGCUCCCUAUGCAGGCAAACCCCCUCAUCCUCUAUGGCUUCAUGGUGCUCUUCCUCAUCAACCCCUUCAAAACUGCCUACUACAAAUCCCGUUUCUGGCUUAUCAAACUUUUGUUUCGUGUGUUCACCGCCCCGUUCCACCGAGUGGAGUUUGCAGACUUCUGGCUGGCAGAUCAACUCAAUUCCCUGGUCAUUGUGCUCUCAGAUCUGGAGUAUCUGGUCUGUUACUACAGCAUGGAGCUGCAGUGGGGAGAUCGCAGUGGCUUACUGGACUCCAUAUAUGGCGAUGAACGGUGUAACAGCUACUCUUAUGGAGUUCGGGCCAUCAUCCACUGUCUGCCUGCCUGGCUGCGGUUUGUUCAAUGUCUGCGACGUUACCGUGACACCAGAAGGGCCUUCCCUCACCUGGUGAAUGCUGGGAAAUACUCCACCACCUUCUUUGUGGUCACGUUUGCAGCCCUCUACAGAACUCAUAAAGACCAGAAACAUGCCGAUGCUGAGGUGUUUUUCUACAUGCUGAUCCUUUCUUCAGUCGUCAGUUCACUCUACACACUGAUCUGGGACCUAAAGAUGGACUGGGGUCUUUUUGAUCGCAAUGCAGGCGAGAAUAUCUUCUUGAGAGAGGAGAUUGUUUAUCCACAUAAAGCCUACUACUACUGUGCCAUUAUAGAAGAUGUGAUCUUGCGCUUCGCCUGGACACUGCAGAUCUCUCUGACUUCCAUGACUGCCAUUCCUUCCAUCGAGGACAUCGUGGUUACCAUUUUAGCUCCUCUGGAAGUGUUUAGACGUUUUGUGUGGAACUUCUUCCGUCUUGAGAAUGAGCACUUGAAUAACUGCGGUGAGUUCCGAGCGGUGCGGGACAUCUCAGUGGCUCCUCUAAACGCUGAUGACCAGACGCUGCUGGAGCAGAUGAUGGACCAGGAGGAUGGAGUCCGGAACAGGCAGGGCAAAAAGAGCUGGAAACGGAGUCACAGCCUGUCCUUACGACGACCACUGCUAUCCUCACAGUCUAAGAAGGAUACUAAGGUGCUCAUUGAGGAUACGGACGAUGAGGCCUUCAGCUGAACCCAGAUGUCGCUGUCACGCCACCUGUCUCCGCUUUCUACUGGUUCCUCCCAGAGCUGCCUCAGCACACCUGAUCCCAAACACACACAGAUACACACAUUCACAUUUUCACAUACUCUCUCUUUUCAACACUCACAAAAGCAUCCAAAGACAGAGUAGUGGACAGAGUUAAGCACAAAAACAGCCGAGAGACAUAUCAGGACACAACAGUGACAUCGUACAAACACUAACACACACAUACAACAAAAUAUACAGAUGCGCACGGAAAAGCCAAGUCAGGAAUUUUCCUCAAUGUACUUUUUUUAUUAGACUUUUUCAUUAUGUUCCUCUAUAUUGAUACUUUUUUGUACAUUUGUUUAGGUUUUUGAAUCUUUAUUACUGCAUAUGACUGUUUACAAACUUAAAAUAAUAACUAGGAGCUACAGGGAGGAGAGUUAUCAUAGGAAAGAAAAAUAUAAUAUCGUACAACGCACUGACUCAAGCUGCACACUAUAACUGUUAUAACUGCAGCGCAUUUAGAAAUAACAACAGCUAGGUAGUUGAUGUUUGUUAUAUUUUUUAUAACAAUUGUUUGGGGCGGGGGAUGUUCUUUCAUAUAUAUAUAUAUUUUUUUUUUUGAGUUGUCAUGACAUCAGAGUACGGCCCUGGUGGCACUUUUUAGAAAUCCUUCAUUUUUGUAAACCACAAAAAACCACAAUGUUUAGAGACUUAUUGUUUCAUCAUAUUUUAUGCAAAUAUGUUUUUUUUUUUUUAACAUGCAUUGCUUUGAUAUCAAAGCUGUCAUAUUUUUGCCAUGCAUGAUUUGUGUUUGAGAGAAUUGUGUGUGUGUGUGUGUGUGUGUCUGAUGCUAAAUGAAAGGUUUAUGUCCUGCUGUCCUCUGAGGAUGUUAAGAAUUAUUAUUUUCAUUGAUACUUUGACCAGUGAAACUACUAUAAGUAAACCUGAAAUUGCUGGUUAAUAUUUGAAAUACCAUUUGGGUAAAAAAUAAAAUAAAAUCUGUCCUCUGAAAAAGAGGUGAUUCUGUGAACUAUUUUAAUUGUAAUGAUGCACUAAACUGAAAAGAUUCAGGAAUAAUGGUCACCCAACUGCAAACUGAAUGGAAGUGGACACAUUUUAAUUGAGCUAAUGUGUUUCCUACAUGGCUUUUUGUAUCACUUAUUAAGCAUUGCCAUAACCACUCUUAGCCAAAGAGGAAAUGCGAACACUGAUGUCGAUUGUAAUUCUUAUGGUUGUGACAUCAAUUUUGUAUUGUGGUAAACCAUAUGAGAUGUUGUGCAUCAAAAAGUAGUUUCAGUGUGGUGAGGAGACAUAUUUUAUGUAAGCUUUUUCCUUACCAACAUGGUCGCAGUUUGAUUAUUUGUAUGCUUGAUGAGUGUGGCAAUAUAUUUCUUAUCAGUUUUACGUUAAUGAGUAAAAUUUGAUUGUACAUGAUUUAUAAUGUACAUUUAUAAUGUACAUUUUUGCAAGACAGCUAUAACUACUUGUCUUACAUACAUUUUCAUACAUAGUCUAUGAAUGUCAAAGAAUAUUUAGGAGGAAAGCAUCCGUUUUUCACCUCUUUAUCAGAAUGUUUUGACAGCAGAGAGUGAAGACUGUCAUUUUCACUUACAAUGACUUUUAUUAUAAAUAAUAUCCAUUGUUGUCAUCAAAAAAGAAAACACCAGGGCUGUUUUAGCUGAUGUUUGUUUUGCUUAUUUUUUUCAGCUUUAAGUUUUUGAGACUCUUUCAGCAGCAUGCAUCCUUGUAUUUUUGCAAGCACAAUCUUUCAGCUCUAACUAAAAUCAAAUGAAAAGAUGAGUCUGUCUUCACAACCUCUCUUCUUAUUUAGUCUUUAAAAGAAAAGUGGUACUGCUAAUGAAAAAAAAGAUGUACAGAUAGCAGGCAUUGUUUGUGACUAGGUUUAUUUAUUCAUGUAUUUAUUGCCUAAACACAUUUGAUGCAAAAAUAUGUAGAAUGCAGAAUGCAAAAAUGUAGUUUGGAUUACAAAGCUAACAGAAGAAAGGGAAAACUACAUGUGAAUCGUGGUUGCAAAAGAAUAUAGCGUGCUAUCCUCAUUGAAAAUGUGGUGUUACGGUGUUAACGUAUGGUCCUUUAAUAUUAAUGAAAUGUCAGUCUUGUUGUUCUCAAAAUGAUGUUUUGGCACACAAGUGUCUUACUUUGCUGUCUUUAGUUCUUGACUCUCAGAACUGACUGAAUCCUUUAUUGAGAAGACUAUCAAGGUUCACACAAAAAUUUUUAGAAAUUAUACACUUCCUGAACCAACAUCACCGUAUGUGGAUGCUGAGCAUAAAAUUGUCCCAUCCAGUGAUUUUUGUUUUGUUUUUUGUAAUGCAUUGCCAAUUGUCUUGCCUGCAUGCUGCUUUUGUUUUGCACUGUAAAUAGUAUAAUUUUGUACAUUUUAAAAUAUGUUUAAGAAUGUUUAAGGUUUAUUUAUUGUACUAAUUAUUUAUGUACUAGUUGGAAACGUUUGCUUUUAAAUGAGCAGUAUUAUGGUAGAUGAAGGGCAUUUUUGAUUAGUUACAAUCCAGUUUUACAUAUGUGAAUUCUGUCGAAAUAGUGUAACCUAAGAUGCUGUUGUGAAUAUGGAAUGUGAUCGGUUUUAUUUACAGUAGGUAUAUAUUUCUGCUCAUAACACUUUCAUCCCCAGGGUUUGUGCCCAUUUGACAGGACUUGUUGGAUGACAGUGGUUUUGGGUCUAUAUCGUGGACUGAUCUGGCUGGGGAGGAUUUGGAGACGAUUGGGACAUGUUAACAUUCUCAUUAACACCCUAAAUAGGGGUUGUGUUAUGAGAUGAACCCUCAAAAUGUAGGGUUUUUAGUUUGUAAAUUGUUUAUUAUUAUUAAUUUAUUUACUUUUACAAAUACAGAACUGGAAUAAUACACAAGCCCUAACAUAAUUUCUGCUUGCUAAAGCCAUGAUGUUAAGUGCUUGAUAUCUCUGCAUCUUUUCUAUCUGUUAUCUUGAUGUUGUAUCCCUUUUUAAAUCCUUGACUGUGACAUUGUUUGUAGUUGAUAGAUGGUUGUACUUUUGAGUUAGUAAAGAAAAAUAGAAAAAACGUGUGGUUCUGUGAUUAACUAGAGAUAUAAAAAGAGAGAAAAUGUCUCAGUGUUUCCUCUUUGACAGUAGUUUGUAAAUGUUGAGUGUAUUCCUAUGAUGGUUCCACUGAUGAUCUCAUUUGUGUUUCUGUAUACACUCUGGUGAUCCUGUCAUAUCUGGGUUUUAUAAACCACGCUUAUUUUUAAAACCUUCA